UAGUGUUUGCGGCGGCGCUCGUCCUGUCCUGGCGCCGACGGCCGAAAUGGAGGAUGAUGGUAUGGAGUUCCUGCUUGACGCCAUUGGCAGAUACCCACUGCGAGAGGAGUUCGCUGACAACUUUGAUCACCAGAUCCGGUUCCGCUCGUGUUCUUGUCGGGCAACGGAGCUGCCCCUGCUGACUGCUGUUCCUGCUGACUCUAAUGCUGGGUCUGGUUGCGCCGAAAAGGUCGGGGACGAUGGCGCAGGUAGAGUGCGUGAAGGAGUGCGCAGUCGCCGGGACGCAUCUCCGACAAGAUCGGCGCAGUCGACUAACAGAUUCAAUCCAGAAGCACCUGGCUGGACAAAAAGGAAAUCGACUCUAUAUCUCAAAGCCAUGGAAGUCGUGCAUAUGGGCGAUGCGAGUGCAGCAUCUUUUGAUGAAAUGUUUGCUGGUCUCUGAAGCUCUGCUUGUGAGUGGUGCACCUUUGGCUAUUCAGUGAGUGGAAUGAAGGUUCAGCCAUCUGACUCUUCGGUGAUGGACCCAGCGGCGACCGUUUGGAGUACAACACAGCUGCCGGCACAAGAUGAUGGUGUGAUUGAGGAGGUAAUGUGGAAUCGUUUUUGUCUGACGGUGUGUACCUUUUCUGUACCGAGAGAAGACAUACAUGGAUUUUCAGGGGGGAUGAUCCAACUUGAUUGCUGUUGUGUGUUCAAGCAAGAGCUGAACGAGGAGGGAGGACAAGAUUCAAUGGAAGAAGGCUUCGGCAGCUGGAUCGUGGUCGACAUGAACACUGAAUCAGGCGUGAUAUCCGACGACGGCGUGUAUGGGAUCAGAUGAUGUAAUCCUUGAGGGUUUCUGAAUGUGCCGACAUGAACAUUGCUCGUUUAUGUGGGUCAUUAGUUCCACCGGUUAUUGUGCCCAAUUGUUAUUAUUAGGGAAAAGUGGUUGCCCCUAUGUAUCUGAUGGCAGCGUAAUAUGAAGUUGAGAUCGUUGAGA